UUAUUGCUGUAGUUUAUUUCCACCCCUUCCCUCCUGUUCUCUCUCUCUUUCUUUUUUUUCCGCCCUAGCUGGGGCUGUGUUGGAGCAGAGGAAGAAAGAGACAGGAUUGCAUUUAUCCCUUACGUUCUUGAAAUCUGCUAUCAGCAAGACCAGCUAAGCGGUUGCAUCUUUUUCAAUCCUGCAAAAAAUACCAUUUCUUUCCUGGCAAUUUUUGCUUUAAAGGUGUCCUCUUGAAAUUAUUUUUUUCCCAGGAGAGAGAUGUCUUAUCAGGGGAAGAAAAAUAUUCCACGCAUCACGAGUGAUCGUCUUCUGAUCAAAGGAGGUAAAAUUGUUAAUGAUGACCAGUCAUUCUAUGCAGACAUAUACAUGGAAGAUGGGUUGAUCAAGCAAAUAGGGGAAAACCUGAUUGUGCCAGGAGGGGUGAAGACCAUCGAAGCCCAUUCUAGGAUGGUGAUCCCCGGAGGGAUUGAUGUCCAUACCCGCUUCCAGAUGCCUGACCAAGGAAUGACCUCUGCUGAUGACUUCUUUCAAGGCACCAAGGCCGCCCUGGCUGGGGGAACCACCAUGAUCAUUGACCAUGUCGUGCCCGAGCCCGGGACAAGCCUGCUGGCAGCCUUCGACCAGUGGAGGGAGUGGGCUGACAGCAAGUCCUGCUGUGACUACUCUCUGCACGUGGACAUCACGGAGUGGCAUAAGGGCAUCCAGGAGGAGAUAGAGGCCCUGGUGAAGGACCACGGGGUCAAUUCCUUCCUGGUGUACAUGGCUUUCAAAGAUCGCUUCCAGCUAACUGAUUCCCAGAUCUAUGAAGUAUUGAGCGUGAUCCGGGAUAUCGGUGCGAUCGCCCAAGUCCACGCAGAAAACGGCGACAUCAUUGCAGAGGAGCAGCAGAGGAUCCUGGAUCUGGGCAUCACGGGCCCCGAGGGACACGUGCUGAGCCGACCUGAGGAGGUCGAGGCCGAAGCCGUGAAUCGCUCGAUUACCAUCGCCAACCAGACCAACUGCCCUCUGUACGUCACCAAGGUGAUGAGCAAGAGCGCGGCCGAAGUCAUCGCCCAGGCCCGGAAAAAGGGAACCGUGGUGUAUGGUGAGCCCAUCACCGCCAGCUUGGGGACUGAUGGCUCCCACUACUGGAGCAAGAACUGGGCCAAGGCCGCCGCUUUUGUCACCUCCCCACCCCUGAGCCCUGACCCGACCACUCCGGACUUCCUGAACUCCUUGCUGUCCUGCGGAGAUCUUCAGGUCACUGGCAGUGCCCACUGCACGUUCAACACUGCCCAGAAGGCUGUGGGAAAGGACAACUUCACUCUGAUCCCCGAAGGCACCAAUGGCACCGAGGAGCGGAUGUCUGUCAUCUGGGAUAAGGCUGUGGUCACGGGGAAGAUGGACGAGAACCAGUUUGUGGCCGUGACCAGCACCAAUGCAGCCAAAGUCUUCAACCUGUACCCCCGGAAAGGCCGCAUUGCUGUGGGAUCUGAUGCUGACCUGGUCAUCUGGGACCCCGACAGCGUUAAAACCAUCUCUGCCAAGACCCACAACAGUUCUCUUGAGUACAACAUCUUUGAAGGCAUGGAGUGCCGUGGCUCCCCACUGGUGGUCAUCAGCCAGGGGAAGAUCGUCCUGGAGGAUGGCACCCUUCAUGUCACCGAAGGCUCUGGGCGCUACAUCCCCCGGAAGCCCUUCCCUGAUUUUGUUUACAAGCGUAUCAAGGCGAGGAGCAGACUGGCAGAACUGAGAGGGGUUCCCCGCGGCCUGUACGACGGACCCGUGUGCGAGGUGUCCGUGACGCCCAAGACAGUCACCCCAGCCUCCUCGGCCAAGACGUCUCCUGCCAAGCAGCAGGCCCCUCCUGUCCGGAACCUGCACCAGUCUGGAUUCAGCUUGUCUGGUGCUCAGAUUGAUGACAACAUUCCCCGCCGCACCACCCAGCGCAUUGUGGCUCCCCCUGGUGGCCGUGCCAACAUCACCAGCCUGGGCUAGAGGUCCGGCCGCAACUUCCUUGGGGAUGGGGAUGGGACACCUGAGGACAUUCUGAGACUUCUUCCUUCCUUUUUUUUUUUUUUUUUUUUUUUUUUUUUAAGAGCCUGUGAUAGUUACUGUGGGGCAGCCAGUUCAUGGGGCUCCCUCUCGGGCCCUGCACUCCGUCCCUCACCCAGAGUCACUGAUUUUGCUCACCCACUUCCCCAUACAUCUACAAAUAUCACACCCAAGUCUGCCCACCAACCCCAUACACGGAACCGCAUCCAACACUCAGACAUGUGACACAAAGCGAAUCACAACGAGGGCGUUUUUCAUCUCCAAGCUCUGUUGUACUUGUUCUCAUCUUCCUUUUCGUUGGGGGGGGGAGUGGGGGGGGGGGGGUGGGGGGAGAGCGUUGUUGUCUUUUUUUUUUUUUUAAAUACUAAAUUGGGAAGCCUAAUUCAAUAUUAAUACAAGGGGUUUGAACUGGACAUCCUAAUGAUGCAAUUAUGUAACCAUCGAGCUCUUCAGGGUGGUUGGCAAACUCCGCAUAUCCCCCCUGAGAGGCUCCAAAAUGUCGACACUGCAUUCCAUAGUCUUCUGGGUCAACUGUUGAUAAAGGCAGGUUUUCUUUUUGGCCUAGCUUUUGCUGCAGAUUACAUUUUUUUGAGGAUUCUCUUCUUCCUUAGCGUCUUUUCUGCUCUCUUUCCCUCUCUGUCUCUCUCUCGUGCUCCCCCUCUGUAGCUUUUUUGCUCAUGACUAUUUUUACGUCUCUUUCUUUGUGUUUCCUCCAGCCCUUGUCUCUGAGACCAUGUUUUUCUCUCCAUCCCCCGUCGUCUUUUCAAAUGACCAGAUCUACUGUUUUGCGGUGGUCAUCAGAACCUGCCUAGAAGGGUUUUGUCAUUGCAACCAUAGUAAUGUGCUGUCCUAGUCCAUAAACGACUGGUGCUACCCACCCGCCACCACCAGGAUAUGCGUUUGAGUUCCGGAUGCUUCUAGGUGCAGCGAAGGGCUGAGCUACCCCACAUUCUCCCCUGGGGGCUCAGAAUAGAACCUCAAACAGUAAUGAGAGGUUGAAGAAACCUGAGGCUUUAGGACGUAAGUUUUUCCUCCAUGCGAUGCUAACUAGCUAAAGAAAAAGACACGGCCAAAUCUGUAAAUCGAGCCCCAUGACCCAAGUGAGCAGAUCACCCCCAGGCCAGCCACCGGCUCAGACGUGUUGAGCUGCUGGGGGUCUGACCCUGGGACCUGCUGGUUCCCAGCGAAGUAUCUUUUGGGAUUCCAGAGAACACUGGGGCUUCUCGCUCUGGGGCAAAAAAAAUAUUAUUUUUUCCUGUUCAGUUCUUCUGGAAGAUACCAUGCAAUACAGUAGUCCCCCCGCUUCUACACAGGGGGGACAUUCCCCUGUGUAGACAUUCUACACAUUCCAAGACCCCCAGUGGAUACCUGAAAUCGCGAAUAGUACUGAGCUUUAUAUAUAUAUUAUGUUUUUCCCCCCCAUACAUGCUUGUGAGAAAGUUUAAUUUAUAAAUUAGGCACAGUAAGAGGUUAACAACAAUAACUAAUAAUAGGAUCAUUGUAACACUAUAAUAAAAGUUAUGUGACUGUGGUCUCUAUUUCGGAAAAUACCUUGUUACACUGUACUCACCCUUCUUGUGAUGUGAGGAGAUGAAGGGACGUGAAGGACGUAGGCCGUGUGACGGAGCGUCAGGCUGCUACUGACCUUUGGACGGGACAUCAGAGGAUCACCUGCUUCUGGCCUUCGGUUGAGCCCGAAUUCCUGACACCUUGAAAAGCAAGCCCACAGAUAAGGGGGAGCUACUGUACAGGGAAGCCUACUAAACUCGGAUAAUCCUGGGGAGAUUUGACUUCAAGUGCACCUUCCUUUGCAAGGGGAAGAAUCUGUUGAAUGAAAGGCUAGCAUCCCCGUCAGAGCCCUUGUGGGGAGAAAACCUUACAAGUCAAACGUGCCCCGCCCCCCCCCCCACAGAGUGCGCAGGUGACCUCGUGUCUGCGUCCCUGCCUUUUCUCAGCGACCCUUCCUUCAAGCUGCCUUCGUGCCCAUCCCUGUCUUUGCUGUUUUGUGUUGCGUUUCCUUCCCCGAUCGCGUUUACAGGUUCUGUUAAGCGACACUCACGUUUGCAGGCUUUGAUCAAACCAAAUCUGCUUUUGUAAAGCAUAACACAAAAAAGGUCGGUCGUUCCCUCAUUACGCUGGUGUCCCCACACGUUUUGCCUUUGGGGGUUCUGCUGGGGGGGUAUAGUUUCUCGUCGUUGUUGUUUAUUUGUUAUUUUAAAAGGAAACUGCACUUUGAAAGAAUAAUUGGUUAACUUAAUAUAUUUGCUUUUUUUUUUUUUUAAUCUCACCUGCACUUAGAGGAAAUUUGAACAAGUCGGAUUUUUUUUUUUUUUUUUUUUUUUUUUUUUCCAUUCUAAGAAACACUUGCAGCUCUUAUAGUAUUCGCUUGGGUCUUCCUGUUUUUCCUGUACCAGGUCAUGGCGAUUUUGGUUAUUUUGGUUGUUUUCUUGAAGCCGCUUAAAACCUGAAGAUGUCUGCAGGCUGUGGAAGCAUGUUUAUCUGUUGGCUUGCUUUGUGUGUCUGUUAAAUGAAUGUCAUAUGUAAAUGCGAAAAUAAAUGGACAGUGUCUCCGAACUGAAGAACUGCAGUGACUUGAUGCUCUAAAACAGUGUAGGACUUAAUACAUAGAUGGUUUUUAAUCCUUGAAAUUGUGAUUGUGACCCAUGAGUGGAGGAACUUUCAGUGCUGAAGCCGAUAAUGUGUGUAGCCAGGAGAGUACCUUUUUUUUUUUUUUUUUUUUGUAACCACUGUCUUAAUGGCAAAAUAAUUAUGGUUAAAAAAAAAAAGUCUCGUGUUUAUUAUUCCUUAAGAACUCUGUGUUAUAUUACCAUGGAACGCCUAAUAAAGCAAAAUGUGGUUGUUUCA